CGUCAAUUAGCCAAACUUUCGUUGCACAUAAUGCUAUUACUAAAUUGGCAAUGGUUGAUGAGGAGCUUAUCUUCUGGUGCUUCGUAGUAGACACAUGAGCAUGCCUAUGUUGCAGUAUAACCCGUUGCUGCUUAAUUACAGAUAAUUAGUAGUAGAACAUUGGUAGGAGCCAUGGUACUGCACGACAAAUGAGCUUGCUUCUGGUAGAGGCGGGGCACAUAACCUUUAGGUGUCUUGGGCAACCUGGGCCUGUUUUGCGCUGAAGUCCCGGUCCCGUCGGGCAGUUAGUUCUGUCUGGCGAUACCAAGAUGCAGAAUGCGCCCAGCUGAAGACAGGUGGGUAAAGAGUUCCAAGGUACCUAACAUCCCAAUUUAUAUUAUGUACCUCGCACAAGAUGUAUGUUGGCUACAAUGCACCACAUGUACGUACCUAGUAGGCAUCCAGGAACCGAACAGGUACCUACCUAGUCCUGGAAAAUGCAGAAUUUCAGUCAGGCACACAUACUGCGCCUUUUCUCCGAAUCGGCCUUUCUUCUUGUAUUAAUAUGCCUCUCACAAUUUUUGUACCGGGGUGUGUCUACGAGGCUUAAGUUCCGUAAUAUGCGAAAGCAAGGCUUUCCCGUCCCCGAACCAUAUUCGUUCAUUCUCGGACAUAUAUCGUUUAUGAAAGAGUUGAAGAAGGGAUUGCCUAAAGACGCUCACAGUUGUUAUUCCCAAAGAAGAAUCGCCGUAGGAUGGCAGAAAUUCUUUCCUCAAGCAACGAAAUGUCCUCCGAUUAUCUACUUGGAUCUUUGGCCCUUCCUAUCUCAACCGCUCAUCCUAGUCACCAGUCCUGAAGCAUGUUACCAGCUUACCCAGGAGAAUCCGCAGCCGAGAGAUUCCACAUUUCGAUGGGCUAUGUUCCCUGUGACUCGGGGGAAAGACCUGAUAUCCAUGAACACAGCAGACCAUCGCAUAUGGCGUUCGCGAUUCAAUCCAGGCUUUUCUCUGCGGAACAUCACAUUGCAAAUGCCCAUCUUAUUGGAAGAGGUGGGGAUUUUUGCUCAGCAACUAAAAAGCCAAGUCGGAAUUAACAACCAGUGGGGAGAACUAUUUACUUUGAACGACAGAACUAUUAGUUUGACCUUCGACAUCAUCAUGAGAACAGCUUUAGACCUUCGCCUAAAUGAACAGACAGAAGGGCCCAGUCCAAUUCUCAAAGCCAUGCGCCAGCUACUCACUCAUGUGAAGAGUCCAAACCUUUGGACUAAACUUGAGCGCUUGGGACCUGGCUAUCGGCGGGAUGUAGAAAUGCAAAACGGGAUAAUCCGAAAUCAAUUGUUGCCCCAAAUCCAGUCCCAGCUCGCGGCGGAGACUAGCUCUAGUAACCACAAAACAGUUAUUUCACUAGCCCUCCAAGAGUUCAGGAGCGAAUCUGACAAACAAGACCCAAAAGAACUAAACUCGGAGUUCAUUGACAUUGUCGAGUCCCAGCUUAGACUUUUCAUAUCCGCCGGCCACGACACGACUGCCCAAGCAAUAUGUUGGAUUUUAUAUAGAAUCAACAGUAAUAUAGACAUUCUAACCCGGCUCCGAGCGGAGCAUGACGAAAUCCUUGGUGCAAACCCAGGAGAUGCCGUUCAGACACUCUCGCAGCAUCCGCAUAAACUGAACCAUAUGCCAUACACGACCGCUGUCAUCAAGGAAGCUCUUCGAAUUCACCCUCUGGGAUCGACCUUCCGCCGAGGGAGCCCCGAUUUCUACUUCGUGUGCGACGGCCUCAGAUAUCCUACAGAGAACGCACUGAUCCAGACGAACCCAACCGUAGUCCACCUGCGCUCCGACCUAUGGCCGCGAGCUACCGAGUUUUUGCCCGAGCGAUUCCUUGUUGCGGAAGACCACCCGCUCCACCCUGUCAAAAACGCGUGGCGCGCCUUCGAGCUCGGCCAUACAAGGUGCAUUGGGGAGGAGCUGGCCAUGAUGGAGAUGAAAUUAGCAUUGGUGCUCACCGUGCGAGAGCUCGAGUUUGAUUUCGAUUGGGAGGGCUGGCAUAAGCUGCAGAAACGUAUGGUAGCACCAGAUACUAUAGAUAGUGAUUAUGGAUACCGCGCUGGGGAUGGCGUUGGUUAUGUUAAGGAUUACCUGCCUACGCGUGUUAAGUUAAGGUAAUUUACAUAAGGUUACUUUUCGGGUAGUAUAAAAGCUUAAAGUUAAGGUCAUGUCGUAUUAAGAUGUUAAAAGAUAUAAGAAUUGGAAGUUAUUUCUUUAGCUUAAAGUACUAAAUCAUGAUUAUUUUCGAUGUUAUCGUUAGGUAUUUAAUGGGUUUAUUAAACCAUAAAAAUUAAUAAGAAACACGUUUACAAAAAAGGAAAAUAGUAAAAAGUAAU